CUAUUUAUAGAUUAAUGUAGUGACCACAGACUGGCAAGAAGCUGAAUGCACAAAAACAAGAGUUACAAGUGCACACGGAUCUCUCCACAGGCUGAGAAAUACAGAAAUGAUUCCCCAAAUGAUUCUUCAGUGAAAUCUUGUUUUAUAUUGUGCAUUUAGAUUAUUAUCUUUGUGCUUUUGGAGUUUGUUCUCGUCUCAGAUCCAUGGGCAACUACGCAUUUACUGCGGAACUGUGUGUCCAUUAUUUUCCACAUUUUGCGUCUCAUCGUCACAGAUGUUGAAGAUUUCAAGAGCCUCGUGUCGACUCUCGAGAACCAGCGCCUUCUGACCGAACACAGCAGACUCUCUCUUAAUCAUGUCAGCUGUUGAGGAAGAACCAGGACAGGAAAUGAACGAAGUGAAUCAGGAACCAGACUUGCUGGCCCUCAGGUUUCUAUAUAGUAACACAGAAGCCCCGAAAGACACCACAGAGCCUGUCAGCGGCUCUUCUUCUGGCACGACUCAGCUCCCAGCGUUUCUCUCGCAGUUAUUAUCCUCUAAACCUCAAGUGGCCCCGCAGGGCCCCGUCACUAUGGAGCAGAUGAGAGCGGAGCUACAAGAGCUACGAGAUGAACUGGACACGCUCAAGACUCAGCAUAAGUUUGUAAAAGAGAUCAGACUGCUCAUGAAUGAACUGGAUGAAGAAAAGAAGAUGCGUUUGUCGCUGCAAAUUGAUGUAGAACGUCUUAAGAAACGCAUGUCCAAGUGAGCACCUCUGAGGUCUCCAACACAGCUCGAAGACGACGGACACGCCACAAACCCAACGAAGAACACAGAUAGAGGAGAGAUCCUGUGUAUCAACACUCACUGAACACAUAUUGAGUUGCAUUGUGUGUAAAACACCUUUUGGGUUUUAAACCAUCAAAUGCAUUGAUUGGUUAGACUAAUUAACACCUGACCUUACAUUUAAUUUCAUCUUUAUACAUUUUCUUUUUCCAUCUUGUGUGAAGGAGGAUUCUGAAGCUCAACGAAUACUGUUAGGCUCCAGGAAGACUUUUUCUCCAGGGCUGCAUUUAUUUGAUAAAAAAUACAGUAAAAAUUAUGAAAUAUUAUUAAAAUGUUAAACAGCUGUGUUCUGUGUGAAUCAGUGUUAAAGUGUAAUGUAUUUCUGUGAUGCUCCGCUGUAUUUUCAGCAUCAUUCCUCCAGUCUUCAGUGUCACAUGAUCUUCAGAAAUCAUGAAAAUAUGAUGAUUUACUGCAUUUCUAAUUAUCACUAUUGAAAACAGUUGCUUCUUAAUG